AUGGGCUCGGGAUCUGGCUCAGGGUCAGGCUCGUGGGCUUUGCCGACUGAUCAUGGCGAGAAUGAUCCGUCGGCGCUUUGGCUUACCGAUCCUUCGCCGCCGGCUAAGGAGUCUAUUGAUACUGCUCCGGCGAAUUCAAUUCCUUCGAGUAAUCUGUUAGUGUCCAAGCAAACAGUGUUUGAAAAUCCUAGUUCGAGUACGUUGACUGAAACUCCUAGUUCAAUUCAUGUUCACAGUCACCCUCCACAGCACCAAAGCCAAGCACAGGGGUUUUUCACCAGGGAAUUGAAUUUCUUUGAAUCUGGGUUUGAUGGAAAUAGCAUUAGAAAUGUGAAUUCACUUUCGUGCAAGCCCGAAUCGGGGGAGAUAUUGAAUUUUGGGGAGAGGAAGAGAAGUUCAAGUAAUGGAAAUGGAAAUUUGUUUUCGGGUCAAUUGCAAUUUGGGGCUGCAGAGGAGAACAAAAAGAAGAGAUCUCCCACCUCGAGGGGAGUAAUGAAGAGGUCGAGUGGUGGUGUUGGUGGUGGAGAGUCAGAUCAGUCCGAUCUUGAGGCUUCGGUGGUGAAAGAGGUUGAUAGUAGUAGAGUGGUGGACACUGAAAAGCGACCGAGAAAGAGGGGAAGGAAGCCUGCCAAUGGGAGAGAAGAGCCAUUGAAUCAUGUUGAGGCAGAGAGGCAGAGGAGAGAGAAGCUUAAUCAGAGGUUCUAUGCCCUCCGAGCUGUGGUUCCGAACGUGUCGAAAAUGGACAAGGCUUCACUUCUUGGUGAUGCUAUUGCCCAUAUCAAUGAGCUGAAAUCGAAACUUCAAAGUACGGAAUCAGAUAAAGAUGACUUGAGGAAUCUAGUGGAGUCAUUGAAGAAGGAAUUGUCUAGCAAAGAAUCGCGGUAUUCAGCUCCACCUCCACCAGAUCAGGAUUUGAAAAUGUCGAAUCAUCAUGGAAGCAAUAGGGUAGAUGUGGAUAUAGAUGUGAGGAUAAUUGGGUGGGACGCCAUGAUUCGAAUCCAAUGUAGUAAAAAGAACCACCCGGCAGCAAGGCUAAUGACAGCCCUUAAGGAGCUAGACCUAGAUGUGCACCAUGCCAGUGUUUCUGUAGUGAACGAAUUGAUGAUUCAGCAAGCCACGGUGAAGAUGGGGAGCCGGAUUUACACGCAAGAACAGCUUAAGAUAGCCUUAUCAUCCAGAGUUUCCGAAACAUGA